AUAAGGAAGUAUCUGACUUCUGCUUUUCCUUGCUAUAUAAACCUCUGUGAAGGCUGAAACUUCUGCAGGUGAGAAAAGAUGGAGUUUGGAGUUGUGAUAUUUCUACUCAGCUCCUCUCUGUUGGGGCAUGCCUCUGGGUUCACCACGCCAGAUUAUGAUGCUUCACUAGCUCCGUUUGAAUCAACCAUAGAUCCAGUGUCAUGGCCGCCAGGGUCGUGUAGCGGACACUUCACUGCCCCGGGAGGAGAAUUCUCCAGCCCCAAUUACCCGAGCAGAUACCCGCACUAUGCUCACUGCACGUGGACCAUCCAGAGCCGGAAUCAGAAGUUCAUCAUCCUGAGAUUCUCAUACGUCGAUAUCGAGAUGAGUUCAGGCUGCAGGUACGACGCUGUGAAUGUGUAUGAUGGUCCGUCAUCUUCGUCUCCGUUAUUGGGAAGAAUGUGUGGAUCACAGCUGAGGUCUUUCCACUCGACAGGGAAUAUUCUCACUGUGCAGUUCUCCAGCGAUGCCAACGUAAACGGCGGAGGAUUCGUCGCACGCUGGGACUUCAGCGACUCUCCAGGAACAACACCACCAGCAUAUGAAACCACACCACUCUGGGAAACGACACCAGUUGAAACUGAAACAGGAUCAUACGAGACGACAACAGCAUAUGAAACCACACCACCCUCAGAGUCGGCAACAGCUUAUUUUUCCUGCCGGAAUUCCUGCGGCGUUCAUUUCGGCAGGUGUUCCUGUGACAUAUUCUGUCAGUACCGCGGAACCUGCUGUCAUGAUUUUUACGAUUAUUGUUCCCCCACAACGGAAUCAGCCACGACUGAGGUGUUUCUCCCGACAACAGCUGCUUAUUCCUGCAUGAAUAACUGCGGCUACAAUUUCGGCGCCUGUUCCUGCCAGAGCUCCUGCCUUUACUACGGAAACUGCUGUCACGAUUAUUACAACUAUUGUUUCAGCACCACAGAACAACCAGCUACAACAACAGUAGAAACACCGAUAGUGGACUACAUUAGCUGCAGGGAUCGUUGUGGGUAUGAUGGUGGUAUCUGUUCCUGCACCAGCUCCUGCCAGUACUCUGGACACUGCUGUCAUGAUUAUUACUAUUAUUGUGCCCCCACAACGGAUUCAGCCACGACGACCGACGCCUUUUUGACAACAGCUGAUUAUUCCUGCAUGAAUAACUGCGGCUACAAUUUCGGCGCCUGUUCCUGUCAGAGCUCCUGCCUUUACUACGGAAACUGCUGUCACGAUUAUUACAACUAUUGUUUCAGCACCACAGAACAACCAGCCACGACGACAGUAAAAACACUGACAGAGGACUACAUUAGCUGCAGGGAUCGUUGUGGGUAUGAUGGUGGUAUCUGUUCCUGCACCAGCUCCUGCCAGUACUCUGGACACUGCUGUCAUGAUUAUUACUAUUAUUGUGCCCCCACAACGGAUUCAGCCACGACGACCGACGCCUUUUCAACAACAGCCGUAGCUGCUUAUUCCUGCAUGAAUAACUGCGGCUACAAUUUCGGCGCCUGUUCCUGCCAGAGCUCCUGCCUUUACUACGGAAACUGCUGUCACGAUUAUUACAAUUACUGCUCCAAUACAACUGCAACACCAACCCCAGAAGGAUCUGCAUGCGGUGGAAUUCUGACUCAGCAACAAGGGCAAUUCUUCAGCCCCAAUUACCCCAAUAACUACCCCAAUAAUGCACGCUGCACGUGGACCCUGAUGGCUGGGGAGCUGCAGGUGGUUUCGUUAACCUUCACGUUUGUCAAUCUGGAGUUAUGCUGUGAUUCUAUCCACGUGUACGACGGGCCGAACAACAGUUCCACGAUUUUGGGUUCCGCAACCGUAAAUGGAGUUUCCUUCAACUCCAGCAGCAGAUACAUGAUGGUCGUCUUCUCCACAGACAGUAGUGUGACUGCACGAGGUUUUCAGGCUGAGUGGACUUUCAAAUCUGCUCCGAUGUGUAAGAACAGGUGUGGCACCAGUAACAGCAGAUGCUCCUGUCAGAGUUCAUGUCAACGAUACGGAAGAUGCUGUCAUGAUUAUCACGAGUAUUGUGAUUAUGUGACGUCUCCUCCUUUACCAGCCUGUGGGGGGAAUUAUUAUGGCUCGGGCUCCAUCUCCAGCCCUUAUUACCCCGGGUAUUACCAUGACAACGCGCAGUGUGUGUGGCGUCUCUCGGCUCCGGCAGGACAAACCAUCUUCCUCUCAUUCCAGGACUUAGAUCUGGAGCGCUGCUGCAAUUGUGAUUACGUGAACGUGUAUGAUGGUUCGUCCACCACGUCCCCUCUAAUAGGAAAGCUCUGUCACAACACCACCAGUCACUUGGACUUCCAGUCGACCUCGUCAUACAUGACCGUGCUGUUCAGGAGCGAUUACUCUGGGGUUGGGCGUGGCUUCAAAGCCUACUUCAGCUCCUCCCUCAACCAAAACACAGGCCGUGUGGAUUGCUCCUCUGAAAGGAUGAACAUCGCCAUCCGUAAAUCGUACUUGGACUCAAUGGGCUUCAACUGGCAGGACCUUUACCUGGAUGACCAUCGCUGCAGAGCUUCAACUGACUACUCCUAUGUCACCUUCAACUUCCCUCUUCAGAGCUGUAGCACAAAGAGGAAGACCCAGAAUGGCCGUAUUAUUUACACCAAUAAUGUGCGAGCAGCUCAGUCAAUGUCAGGUGAGAUCACGCGGCGUGAUACACACUUCCUGAUGUUUGUGAGCUGUGUGAUGGAGCGUGAUUCUUCAGUUGGGACCCUCUAUGAAGCUAAAGAGAUUACAAAUGCAACCAUCAGCGGAACAGGACGGUUCAACACCACCAUGGCCUUCUACCCAUCCAGCAGCUUUUCCUACCCCAUCACCGAAUUCCCGUACCGAGUAAACCUCAAUCAGGAACUGUACGUCCAGGUGCAGCUAACACGAGCUGAACCGAGCCUUCACCUGUUCAUCGACUCCUGUGUAGCCUCGCCCAACCACGACUUCACCAUCCGCACCUAUGACCUCAUACGCAACGGGUGUCAGAGAGACAGCACAGUAUACAUAUACAGAAACGGAAACCGCUACUUUGCCCAGUUCAGGUUCAGUGCAUUCAAGUUCCUGCGCACACACAGCCAGGUGUUCCUCAGAUGUGACCUCAUCAUUUGCGCCGACAACGACUACAACUCACGAUGUCGCCAAGGAUGCCGUAAUCGCAGGAAACGAAGCUUGAGCUCUGAUCACCACACCGAAGUUGUCACUCUUGGGCCAAUCACACUCAAAGGUCCAGAGGAAGCUGAAGCCAAGGCACAGGAAGAGGAGUGAAAUCUCACAAUUACUUAAAUAUAGUUAAUUCAGCAUUGAAUUCUAAAUACCAUGAAUACCUUUCUCAAUUAAAGCAUUCUUCAAAAGCA